AUGGAGAGCGAAUCGACCGUCGAAAAGAAUGCUCGUGUAGAGGAUGCUGGAGACCGACCUACGAAGAAGAUGAGACGCACGCCGAGUCGGAGGAGCAAAGAAGGCAAAGAAGUAGAAGUGGACAUAGAAGACAAAGACGAGGGAAGCGGCGUCCUCCCCAUGAUGAUCGAGGGUGGCAGCUCACCUUUGCUCACCACCACCACCUCGUCGGCAUCGCUGCUGGACCUGGAGGUUAGCGGCGGCGGCCACCUGGCCCUGCUGGGUGCCAAUGGGCUCGAGCCGGAGGACAGGCCGGCCGAAGACGACUGCGAGGCCGAGCCGACCCAGUCUGUCGAGGACGAGCACUGCGGCGGCAGCGGCAGCGCAAUGUCGCUCGAGCGCGGCUCGGUCGACAGUACGACUGCCAGCGGCAUCGCGUCUUCUUCGUCGUCGUCGUCAGCGCCUUCGGCUUCUUCACCGAGCGCGGCAGCCUCAACAGUUGGUCUCACUGCGACCGCCACGUCAGCGAGUGCCGGCGUACGUCGGGAGGGCAUGACGCGGGACGAGAUGAAGGCCAGCGCCGUCUCGCUCCACAACCUCAUCGAGCCACUUGCAGACCUCCAACGGAAUGUGCAAGAGGUGGGAGUCUCGCUGCGCAAUCAUCGGUUCCACUACAAUCUCGAUUUGUGCAAGCUGGUGACCGGCAUUGACCGCAGCGUGACGGAGCUCAACGACCAGAUUCUCAGCCGAAGACGGUUCCUCGAAUUCGUCUUGCACUUGGGCCGACCGGUGCAGACCAACCUGGGCUACUUUGGUGCGUUGCCCAUCGAACUCGUCCUGCACAUCUUCGGCUACCUCGACGGGAAGAUCUCCUGCUCAACGCCGAUGUACGUGUGCUCGACGUUCGCGGCGCUGUCCAACGAUGCGCACUUGUGGAAGAGCAUUGUGGAGCGCACGUGGGAUCUCGAGGGGACCUACAUGCAGAAGCCCAGCCACAAGUCCUUCAAGUGGCUGUUUGAGUGCAAGAAGCGUGUGUUCAAAGCGGGAGACAUGAAGAACGGGAAGGGGUCGUGCGGCGGCGAGCACGGCGACAUGUACGAGGGCGAGUGGAAGGACAACAAACGCCAUGGCGUCGGGACGGGACUCAUGCAAGAUGGCCGACGCUACGACGGCGAGUGGGAAAACGACAUGCGCUCGGGCUUUGGCAUUUUUCGGUGGCCAAUCAACUACGCCAAGAACGGAGGCGAUCUGUAUGCGGGCAACUGGAAGGAGGACCAGCGACACGGGGAGGGGAUCUACAUAUGGGCCGACGGGACCAAGUACGAGGGGCAGUGGAAGGAGGGCAAGCGAGAAGGCUUCGGCAGCGUCGUCUGGCCCGACGGGCGCAGAUACGAGGGGGAGUACAAGGACGGUAAGAUGUCGGGCAAGGGCACGUUCUGCUGGCCCGACGGGUCCGUCUACGUGGGCGAAUACAAGGAUGGCAAGAGGCACGGAGAAGGCACGUACACGUACAGCACAAUGAUGGGUGGUGUCUACACGGGCCAGUGGCGUAACGGAAUGCGGGACGGCUGGGGCAAGCUCGUCAAGAACGAUGGCGAGAUGUAUCAGGGCGUGUGGAAGUUCAACUGUCCGUUCGGCGGGGUGCUCACGAAGAAGGACGGCACCGUAAUCGAAAAGUUCUGGCGUCUCUUCCCGCCGGGCACCUGA